CUCGGCUGCCAGACUCCGACACGCGCCUUUAAAAGGAUCGACUGUUCACACGUGUUCACACAACCCGAGAAACGUGGGCCUGAAAACAUCAAUAUUUAAGAUUUUCGUGUCGAUUUCAAAGUCUUUUAACUUUCUGUGAAGGAAAACGUGGCAGACUUUUACAGAUGGAUCCCGAUUUCGUAUUCAGAAUUUACCUGAAGAAUACGUCCACCUCAAUGUCUGGUGGUGACGUCAUUACGUCUUCAAAAGAUAAAGACGUUAACGACGUCAGCCCGGAAACAAAUGACCUCACUUCUGUUGUCACCAUCAAGGUCCAGAUGUUCGGACACAGCGAGGAGGAGGACGGAUCUGAUUCCUCGUGUGAUGUAGCCCAGGACAUUGAAGCAGUGUUCGCAAACGAGGCUGACUUCGGAGUGUUGUUUGACGUGGACGGUGUUUUGGCGCGCGGCUCUACUCCGCUGACGGCUGCUGUAGAAGGCAUACGUCUGCUCAAGGACGACCAGGGGAACCUGCGAGUUCCGGUCGCCUUCGUGACGAACUCGUGCAACCGCAGUAAGGAUAAGGCAGCACAGAUUCAGAAAUGGCUCAAUAUUCAGGUGACGCCGGACCAGGUGAUCCACGCGCCGACGCCGGUGAAGCUGCUCACGGAGUUCCACGAUAAGCACGUGCUCGUUAUCGGACAGGAGUACCGAGUAGAGAUAGCUCAUGAAAUUGGCUUCACGAAUGUGUGCACCCUUGCCGACAUCCAGAAGGCGUACCCGCUACUGGACAUGGUCGACCACGAGAACCGCAACGCAGUCGCCGUCGGCAACCAUCCUGACGACACGAAUUUUCCCGCUGUCGAAGCGGUGCUGCUCCUUGGCGAGCCGACCCACUGGGAGUCACAUCUGCAGCUACUGAUUGACCUAAUCCUCACCGACGGGAAGCCGGUGAGCGGCCACACCCCCGCGGACGUGCACAAGGUGCGCCAACUUCCGGUCAUCGCCUGCAACAUGGACCUCGUGUUCAUGCAUCAGGCCUGCAUGCCCCGGUUCGGACAUGGAGCGUUCCUUGUGUGCCUCGAGGCCCUCUAUAAGAAAAUAACCGGAAAAGAUCUUAAAUACACCGCUUUGAUCGGAAAGCCAUGCGAGAUCACGUACCGCUACGCAGAACACGUCAUAAAUGACGUCGCUAAGCGCAUGGGCAUCAAUAAACCAAUCAGGAAACUGUAUUUCGUAGGCGACAACCCGGACACCGACGUGUUAGGAGCCAACUUGUAUGACCGGUACCUCCAGCGCAACUGGGCUAACGAAGACAACGGGAACACUGAAGGAAGCACCGACCAUGAUCUUCCGGAAUGCCGGACGAUCCCCAAAGACGCGAAACUCUACAAGCACACGUGCCGUAAGAUGGAGAGCCUUCUUGUCGGUACCGGCGUCUACAAGCCAGACCAGCAGACCGGAAGAGCCGACAGCGUCGACGUGUAUCACGGCCACCGGGACAUCGUGAACGAACCGGAACUGACCAAGCCCACGAGGUUCGUACCAGACGUGUUCCAUGGUAUGCAGCAUAUUCUCAAGCACGAAAACUUUGAUCCAAAUGCCGUUGCCUUAGUGGAGCCAUGAAACCUUGAACACCUCCACGUGCAGGGAUCAUACGACAUUUCACGUGACGUCAAGGCCACAUGACGAUACGGCAUCGUUGUUGUUCGAGACCCAACGAACCUGUCAUAGGAAAGAGUGGAUUCUCAAAGAUCCAACUGACUUCAUGCACUUUGAAAAGCGCACCUAUCAAUGUUGACUUGUUAAAAUCGUUCAAAAAUAAUUUCUGAUAAUAAACUGAAAUAACAAGCGAACCAAAUAUCCUUUUAUACAAUUUUCAUAUCGGACAGUCUGUGAUAUUGUGUGUACAAUUUGUUCAAUACUAAUGUGUUGUAUACAUGUUGAAAUAGACCGGUAGACAUGUUUAAUAUAUUUUAUAUGAGGUUUUGGAUGACGCUACGACACGUACCUCGACCGGUAUAACGAGAGAGUUCAUACUCAUAGACCAAGUGAGCAAAACCAGAGGACUAUCACAUUAAAGUGAAACGUCUGCCCUCUGGUACAGCGAUUUUGCGGGUUCUCAAAGUAAAGGGGAGCUGACACUUCUGAGUCUUCUUGCUGAAACGAUGAUCAGUUACUUCCCUUUAUAUCUUCGUGAUCUCAUAUUUAUUUCAUGUUUACUGAAAACGUGUAAAACGUGUUUGUAUAUCUGUGUUGCAUUUAUGCACAUUUUUAUAUUUAAUGUCGAUGUAUAUAAUAUGUUUUAUAUUGAUAUGUACAUAACUAUUGUUUUACUUGUUUCAAUUGUGAAGAAGUGAAAAAUUUGAUGAAAGAAAAUAAAAUCCUGUCAACAAA